UGUGUGCAGCUACCACUUUGGAUUCUGUUCGGCUGCUUCCUUCGGCACAAGGCACCAGCAAGCUGAGCAUUAAAGCUUGCUCUGUGGGAUGGAGCAUUUACCCCUGCAAGACAUGAAGGGCUUCUUGUUUUUCACACUCCUCCUGAUGCCCGUGCACGCUGGAACUGCUUGGAGUGCGAAGUAUGCAGUAGAUUGUCCCGAUCCCUGUGACAGUAACGCAUGCAAAAGUACCCUGCGCUGUAAGAGAACAGUGCUGGAUGACUGUGGCUGCUGCAGGGUGUGUGCAGCUGCUCUGGGGGAGACUUGCUAUCGUACAGUCUCGGGUAUGGAUGGUGUCAAGUGUGGUCCUGGGCUGAAGUGCCAGUUUUACACUGAGGAGGAUGACUUUGGUGAUGAAUUUGGUAUCUGCAAAGAGUGCCCAUAUGGUACCUAUGGAAUGGAAUGCAGGAAAACCUGCAACUGUCCCUCUGGCAUCUGUGACAGAGUAACUGGGAAGUGUUUGAAGUUCCCAUUUUUUCAACUGUCUGCCUCAAAGCCUCCAAAUGAACGAAAAUUAGUUUCACAAACAGAGAACGACAUGGCAUCAGGGGAUGGCAAUUCUGUGAAAGAGGAAUUUAUUAAGGAGAAAGCUAUUCUCUCUCCAGUGAUGAAAUGGCUAAAUCCUCGCUGA